AUGUUGUCCCGUACUUUCAGGUCGGUCAUGGUCGCGCUGGCCUUCGGCGCUGUCACCGCGUCGGCACAGGACUUCAAUCCGAUCCCGAGCCGUCACUUCACUGAGUAUCAGAUGCCGCCAGCCACCCAGACACAUGAGUUCGCGCGCGUGCCAGACACGAAUAUUGUGUUGCUGUCGCAAAUGUCUAACAGCAACCUUGUCAAGAUUGAGCUGGAUCCAAACACCGAGGAGUUCGUUGCUCUUCACUCAUUCCCCAUGGGAAAGGACAGUAGUUCGGGGCUACAUGGCGUGUGGCCAUCGACUGUGUAUCCUGGCAUGAUGUGGUUGUCUCUGCAGUACGAGAACAAGCUUCUUCUCGUGGACCCCGGCAAGGAGUCCUCGACUGCGCCAACCAUCCUACAGACGAUUGAUAUCCCGGCGCCAGGAAACGGCCCUCAUUGCGUAUUUGAAAUUGGCAACCGCGUCUGGGCCGGCCUCAAGGAGGCAUCUAAGCAAACAGGCAAAUACUACGUGUACUCAGCCGAUGCCUCCGACCCUACGGACUACACAUUGUACGAGUCUCUCAACAGCCCUGUCUUUAUCAAAGAAGAACCUACCACCGGCUUGAUCUACGUCACGCAAGACUGGGACUCAUCCAUCAUGCGCAUCGAUGUCUCUACCGGUGAGACGGAGCAGCUGCCAAUCCCGCCCAGCGUCGGCAGCACUGCUGUCGGAAUGACCAGUGCCUACGGUCCCAUGAGUGGUGUGUGGUUCACUCUCGCUGGAAAUUCCACUGGUGGCACCGGCACCUUUGGUCAUAUCGGGUCCGAUGGCGAGAUGAAAUUCUUCCAGCUCCAGAACCCGCUUAGCGCCAACUCAGGUCUACUCCAUCUCGCUGACGCGACAACCGAGGAAGGUGGCCCGGCCUUGUGGAUUUUGUCAACAUCGCUUCUCAGCGAGCACUCGUCUGAUAUCCUGAUCCAUGUGACUUUUGACGCCGAUGUCACAUCCGUUGCCGGUGAGGAGUAUACUUACUUGCCCACUCAGAAUUCUAAAGUUCACCGCGUCGUGCCCUUGGAUUCCACGGUUUUGGUGUCUGAGCUCAGCACCUUUACAAUUGCCCAACUUAGCUACAGCAACACCGUUGCCGGGGAGUGGUUGCCACAGAAGUAUGUCAGUGGCAGUGCGGUUAGCGCGGAGGCUUCGUGA